AUGUCGAACGAAAAAUACCCCGAAGAUCUUAAACAUACAUCGUCUAUCCAAGACGGCACAAUAAACGAUGUAUCAACCGCCGAAGCAUUGACGCUUUGUCAAAAUGCAGAAGACAUUGAGGAAAGCCCUGAACUUGCGCGCGCUCUACGAUGGAAAUUGGAUCUUCGACUCAUGCCGCUUUUGUGUUUUACGUAUGCGUUGCAGUCGAUUGAUAAAAACACGCUUAGCUAUGCAGCUGUGUUUGGACUCAGAGAGGAUAUUGGUAUGAAAGGGAAUGAGUUUUCCUGGACUGGAGCCAUUUUCUAUCUCGGAUACCUUGUGUGGGAGUUUCCUACAAGUAUGUUUCUGCAGAGAUUUCCGAUUAAUUACUUUAUAUCUGGAACUGUGAUUGCUUGGGGUGCUGUACUCAUGGCCCACGGGGCAAUCCACUCUUUUCCAGCUCUAGCAGCAGUCCGAACAAUCCUAGGCGCGUUGGAAUCCGCCAUCAACCCAGGAACAAUGCUUCUAUUCGGAAUGUACUACAAGCGAACCGAACAGCCUCUCCGAAUGGGUAUAUGGAUCGGCUCAGCUGGUGUAGGCUACAUCAUCGCUGGAAUCGCCAGUUUCGGCAUUGGACACAUCAAUUCGUCGCUAGAUUCAUGGCGCGCGCUCUUUAUCAUCUGGGGAUCCAUCACUGUUGCAUGGGGAGUUGUGCUUCUUUUUUGCUUACCAGGUGCCCCGAUGCGAGCAAAGUUUCUUACACCGGAUGAGAGAGCGCGUGUUGUUGCGAGAGUAAAGGAUAAUGGAACGGGUAUUGAGAACAAGCAUUUUAAGAUGCCGCAAUUUUGGGAGGCUAUGUUUGAUCUCAAGACUUGGCUGUUGUUUCUUUUUGCUCUUACGAGUAACUCGCCCAACGGUGGUCUGUCUGCAUUCCAAGGUCUUAUCAUCAAAGGCGCUGGAUUCAGUACACUCACCACCACACUUUACCAAAUGCCCUCUGGUGCAGUUCAGUUGGUCGCUUGUGUUCUAGCCUGCUGGGGAGCUUCGACUAUUAAAAACUCUCGAAUUCCGAUCAUGAUCCUUGCCUUAGUUCCCUUCCUCGCUGGCGUCUUGGGUCUUCACUUCCUACCCCACAGCGACGCCUACGCUCGUCUAGCAUGUCUCUGGAUAUCAUUCUCAUACACAGCAACAUGGACAUUGAGCAUGGCCGUCUCAAUGGCCAACACUGCAGGACACACCAAAAAGAUCACGACCAAUGCAAUCUUACUAAUUGGUUACUGUCUUGGUAACUUCGUUGGACCGUUCUUCUUCAAAACCAACCAGGCGCCGACGUAUGCGCUGGGCGUGGGAAUGAUGUUUGCUUGUAUUGCUAUCCAGGUCAAUCUCAAUCAGCAGGGGAACAUUCGAUACUCAAGGAUCACAGACAAUGCCAAGAUACAGAUGGUUACAUACGGCUAUCGCUGGGUGGAACCAGUUCAGUUCAUCCCUUAA